AUGUCAUUUUCAGCAAGCCAUAGGAUCUACGUCAAGUCGCUCUACAAGCGCUACCUCAAGCAGGGAUUGGAUUGGUACAUCCGCCGCGAUCUCUGGAGAGACUACGCAAUUGAAAUCAGAGCUAAAUUCGAAGCUAACAGAAAUAUCACGAAUCCACGCCAGUUGGCUAAAGUGCUUGAGCACUUUGAGGAGAGAUUGGCUAACCGCAAGCACCCAGAUCCAUAUAUCCCUGUGCUGAUGCCAGGCGGUAGUAAAGUUGAACGUAAUGCUCCACCUCCAAUGUUCUCAACCGAGGAGAAGCAGCAAGUGUUGGACACCCUCAAGGCGGACAAGAUAAUCACAUGA